AUGGCCAACAUAAUCCGCAUAACAAUGUUCAAAGUGCCCACCCAAGCUUCCCGCGACACUAUGCUCAAAAAUUACGAAACUUUAUCCAAAACCGCCGUUAAGAACUCCCACCCCUACAUCCUCAGUCUCCAAGCCGGCGAAACGCAGCCCAACGACCCCCGCACCCAAGGCUAUUCGAUCGUCGCCAAAACCGAAUUUCGCAAUAUGGAGGAUAUGAAAUAUUACGAAGAAAGCUGUGAAGCGCAUCAGAAACUCAAGGAUGAAGCCAAGACGUUGGGGAUUGAGGGGAUGUGUUGUGUGUUUUAUGAGCCGAGUGUUGUUGCUUAG